AUGCAGCAACACCAGCGGCGGCCGGCUGCUAAGCGGUCGGCAUGCGACCGAUGUCGAGAACACAAGCUGCGAUGCUUGCGAUCGCAAAGCCUGGACAAUGGACCUUGCGUCCGCUGUGUCCGAGCUGACGUAUCCUGCGUAACGGGCGCUCCAAGACCACUCGGACGCCCUCCCACCAGGCCCAACAACACGCAUCAGCUACGGGGACCCCGACGACCACGGCAUUCAGUAUUUGUAGCUGCCACAGCACCCAAAUCUGUGCCCGAAGUGUCCCCCGCAUCCGUUGCGGAAACAGAGCCCAAAACCCCUACCGAAUCCUUCCAGGAACUUGCGUCAAAAUCGACUCCAGGUAACAGCAGCUUCGAUAGCUUCCACGACCCCCUCACUGUGGACUCCGAACUAUAUAGCAUGUUCUUCGACGAGGGAGUAUCCGGCAGCCAGACUCCGGGCGCAGUCGUGGAUGCCCUGGUUCUUGGAUUCCCUAACGACACUGCCCCGCUCUCAAACCUUGCCGAUGGUCCCAACCCAGGCGCCUUCACCCUUGGAGCAGACCUCCAUGGGUUGCAUGGUAGAGAGCAGCCGGCGCCAAAAUCACUUCCCGCUCUGCCUGGUAACAACAGUCUAGAUUUCUGCGUUGACCCUACUAUUCAGCUUCAAUCUCUACCCGGCAACGCCCUUAACAUCGCAAGUAGACUGUCGGAGCCGUGUCUCGGCUCGAGCAGCGCCCUCGCCCGGCUUGCUCGCCUCAACGAAGACAUCGCCCAUCAGCUUUCGCACAUGGACACUUUCGUUCUAAGCAUUCCCCCUCCAAAUCUCAUCCAUUCAUGUGUUGACAAGGUCGUGGAUCUGCAGGUGAACCCCAUCCUCCGGGCCCUGGAGAGUACCUCCAAAUUGGCGGCCAUUGUCAAGCAAAUCAUCUCGCCAAUCCAGGAUCACGGAUCGUCGCCUUUGAACACACCGGUCGUGCUCAUGUGCUUGUCUGGCCACAUACAACUGCUACAGAUAUACGACUCCAUCUUCUUUCACGUCUACCGGUUCUUGAUGGGCCUGCAUGAUAUCCUCGGCUUCUUUGAGAAUUUGCCGGGGUUCACUCAUAUUAGCGGCCUACCGCCCAUCAAGGGCGACUUGUAUAUCAAAAUCGUGGUUCAAGUGGCCCAGCACAGUAUCAGCAGCGUCGAACGGGUCAUGGGCCUCCCGGCAGAGCUGUGCCUCUCACCGCAGAGGACGUUGUCAAAGAGCUUACUUGGCUACGUGGAUUCACCUGACCCAUUUCAGAGCAUCAUGGACCAGGCUUGCAAUCCCUUUGAGAAAUCAGGACGAGCUCUUGUCGCAUCCUUGAGAACCAACAUCGGGAAUGUGCUAGGUCUCCUGAGGGAUGAUGGCUAG